CUGCGUCCGUCCCUCUCGCACGUGCUUACUUGUUUCCAGAUGUUGCGGCGCAUGCUUACCAAAUGGAAUAGUCUCAUAUUUUACUAUACAAAAUAUAACAUUGAUUAUUUUAUUUUGGGAAAUAAAACCUCUUACUUAGAUUUUGGUAAUUUUGCACUUAAAUUUUAAAAUCCAAUAGUCAUCUUUUGUAUUUAAAUUAAAACUGAAGAUGUGAUGUGUGCUCAAUUUUAUUAUAAUCGAAUUCGGAUUAAGCCGAGUAUUGGAAUGAUGAUCUCAGCGGUCGUCAAUCUUGACAAUGCAAAGGACUGGUCUCGCGGGGUGGAGCGGGUCGGGACGGGGACCACGCUGCAGGGUUUGUGCGAUUCAUGCCGCAUGCCGUGACUCGUUCGGCCCGUCAGUACGACAGUUGUCCGCACCGUGCGCGGCGCGCGCGCCUCUAUUUGACAAUUGCUUCAACAUUCCUAAAAUAUUUCCUGUAGUCAAAAUGUAGUUUUGUGUUUGUGUCUACGGCAAAUCAUCAGUUUUAGUGAUAAUUAUUAAAGAAGUUGAUCAGUUUUGCAAUUGUUGUUCGCUACGGUCCAAAGAACAAUGCUGUGGGAAAAAAUAACGUUCAGCUGGCAUCGGCAGUCGUUCCCAGCUAACUACCUAACCUCUCUCCCCCCUCGUGCCGGGUGCCGGGUUCAAUGCGCCUCUCUGCGUUUAUUCAUCGUUUGUGGGAAAAGUUGACCCCCGUUUUAAAAAUUAUUGUUAACGAAUUCACACGAGUUGCUGAGACAGCAUCUUCGAUUAGCGCUGCCUAAGUAUGAUGCUAUGUCUUUCUAAAUCUCUGCAGGUGUCGCAGUGUUAAAUCAUUGAUAUGAUAGUGAAUAUGAUAAGUAAUGAUAUGAAGUUAUUCCGUAAAGCGCUAGUAUUUUUUUUAUUUUUAUACGCAACACGACAACGUUGAAGUGAUAUAAAGACUAAAAUUAUUUGUUCUUAGCUUUGCUAUGUUUAUUGAGUUCUAUCACCGUCAAAAUUUUUAUCUUGUUAUGGCACGGAUACUAUAUCAAAGGUGGACUAUUUUUCUUAUGUGUUAUAUGUAGUGAACACAAAGAAGGUGUUGUGAUAAAGACGUAAUUAUUGAACGGAUGCAAUUGUAAUGAAUUAAUGAUAAAAUAUUUUCGAUGACGCGUGUGUAUGUGGGCAGCGAUGAAUCUUGAGUGUCCUAGUGAUUUGGUAUGAAUAAAGUUUUGUGAAGUGUUUAUCUGGAAGUUGGCAUCAGAACACGAAGUCCAAGAUGGGGAAUCAAGGGUCCUCACCGCACGAGCCGCUCGAUCGUGCACAAAUUCCUACGAGCGCCGCAGACUUCAAAAUGAAGUCAUCAGUUCGGAGCUCGUUCCGGCGCGCGCGCGCAGGCGGCGCUUUGUCGCCGCCGCGUGCCGGUAUGGAGCGGUUACGAAGGUCUUUCCGUGAAUCCUUUCGUCGCCGGAAAGGCUCGCCACCAGAAUCCGCACGCCCACACCAAUGGCAUGCGGACGAGGCAGCUGUGCGCGCUGGUACAUGCACUUUCCCAGUGAAAUACCUCGGUUGCGUAGAGGUAUUUGAAUCGAGGGGAAUGCAAGUUUGUGAAGAGGCUCUCAAAGUUCUUAGGAAUUCACGUCGUCGACCUGUUAGGGCAGUGCUUCAUGUUAGUGGCGAUGGUUUAAGGGUAGUGGAAGAAGAAACGAAGGGUCUUAUUGUCGAUCAGACUAUUGAAAAGGUUUCAUUUUGCGCGCCAGACAGAAACCAUGAAAGGGGAUUUAGUUAUAUAUGUCGUGACGGCACCACCCGCCGUUGGAUGUGCCAUGGAUUCCUCGCGUCUCGCGACAGCGGCGAGCGGUUAUCGCACGCGGUGGGCUGCGCGUUCGCCGCUUGUUUAGAAAGGAAACAGCGGCGGGACAAGGAGUGUGCUGUCUCUAUGAGCAUCGAUGCCGCCAGCCAUGCCUUCACCAGGCAAGGCUCCUUCCGCAAAUCAGUAAUAGGUAGACGCGCGUCGGAGGCGGACGUGUCUCCGUCGCCGGUUGUUACGCCCGUGAGCACGGCGGUUCCGGCGCCGGCUCCGGUGCCGCGUCCGACGCCGCACAAUCCGUUCGCCGUGGAGCGACCGCACGCCGCCCCGCACUUGCUAGAGCGCCAGGGCUCGUUCAGGGGCUUCGCGCACCUCAACAACAGUUCGCCGUUCAAACGUCAAAUGUCGCUCCGCAUCAGCGAGUUACCGUCGAAUCUGGAGCGGCAACGGGCGGGGCUCGGCUCCCCCCCGCGAGGGUUCCCCGCCCCCGCGCCCGCGGGCCUCCCCGCCGCCAACAACGUCAGACCAGACGUACCACCUGUAGAGAGCUCUAGUGACGACCCGGUGGCGGCGAUGUGCCAGCAACUGUCGCUAGGGUUGCGCGCGUUAGCCGAAGCGGAGGAGCCAGUGCCGGUAGCGGCGGUGGCGCCGGUGACGGCCACCGCGCUGCCUCACCCGGACGCGUGGCUGGGCCGAGUGGCCCGCGCCCCGGCACUGGGCACUGCCGGCCGCGCCGCCAGUUACGCGGGACAUCACUCGACUAAUCCCUUCCUGACGCCUACACCCACGCCGAUGUAA